AUGCACGAAGACAUCUGGAAAGUGCUCUUCAAGGCCGGCGAGACGCCACCGCCCAUGACCGAGGAUCGCGGGCUCAGCUUAAAACUCCAGGCUAAUUCGGUGUCGGAGAAGACGGCCAAGAAAGCGGCCAAAGGGGCCCGGAGGGUCCCUCGCCGGAAAGGCGCUUCAGACGUGAUGUUCGAAGAAGAGACUCGCUCUUCAUCCGCCGAAGAUGAGGACGAGGAGGAGGAAGAGGAAGAUGACUCCCCGCCCGAGGUGGGGAGGAAGAAGAGAGCGGCCUCCACGAAUUUGGAGGCGAAGGCGCCCAAGAGGGGGAAAGGCUCCCUCACGGAUAACUCCACUCCGGCCUGGGACAGUUCGCCGCGAUCCUCAUCUGAUGGUUCGCUGGACCCAAAGGAGAGGGCCAGCAUGUCACCGCCGCCUGCUUACUCUCCGUCGGCCAAGGGUGAUGACAAGGAGGUGUCCCAAAGGACCUCCUUAGACCGGGGGAGAGUUCCGGAGGUCGUCAGGGUGGCGCCCCAGGACGACUUCCGGGCCGCCGGGCAUAUGGGGAAAAAAUCCCCUAUGGAGGCGGAUGAUGCGGGUCGAGUUCUAUUCGACCCUUAG